CGCAACCUCUCAGCCUUGACCUAGACUUCUUGGUUCAAAACGGGGAUCAAUAACUCGUUUACCAGUUAUGCCUCUGUGAGUAUCGAUAUUGAAUGAUUAUCCGAAAUCGGAUUACUGAUAGUCACUAGUCAUUUGCUGGGUAAAAAGUCCUGGAAUGUCUAUAACAAAGAUAACAUCGAGAAAGUCAGGCGCGAUGAGGCUGUUGCGAAAGCCAAGGAGGAGGCGGAGGAGCAACAGAUGCAAGAGUUAGAUGCAGAGCGUCGAAUGCAAAUCUUACGAGGGGAGAUACCUACACCCUUGCCUGUAGAAGAUAAAGUAGAAGAAGACGAAGGUCCGCGAGAAAGACGUUCUCAUGGUUCUCGCGAAGAACGCAAGAGGAAGCCUAGGAAGAGAAAUGGGGAAAACGACACUGAUUUCGAGAUGCGCAUUGCAGCUCAAGGUACACAGUCUUCGAAAGAUAAACGUCAAGUUAUUUUACGAAAAUCUACAGAUGGGCCAUUAGUUGAUCAUGCCGGAAAUAUUAAUUUAUUCCCCCAAGAACAUUCACACAAGUCUCGAGUCGAGAAGAAUGCGGAGGCAGAGAAGGAAAAGGAGAAGAAAAAGAAAGAAUAUGAAGAUCAAUAUACAAUGCGGUUCUCGAACGCGGCGGGUCUAAAACAAGGUCUCGAUAACCCGUGGUAUUCGAAGGCAAGGACAGAGGUAAAACCCAUUGAAUACCCAGGUAAGGACGCAUGGGGGAAUGAGGAUCCAAGACGAAAAGAAAGAGAUGCGGCGAGGAUUGUUUCAAACGAUCCAUUGCUUUCUAUGAGACAGGGUGCUGCUCAAGUACGACAAGUAAAAAGGGAAAGGGAACAAUGGAUGAAGGAGAAAGAGAGAGAGGUAAGGGACCUGGAGGCAGAGCAACGAAGGAAUAAAAGGAAACGGAGACAUGAUAAUGAUAAUGAUAAUGACGGAAAAGACGAUGAUUUGGAAGGAUUUAGUUUGGACAGGCCCGAAAAGAGGUCACGAAGCUCUCAUCGUAGGACUGAUGCGGACCAUGAACAAGAGCGAGAACGUAGGCAUCGACAUCGUCGGAGGUCAGAAAGAGAUGAGAGCGAUCGACAUCUACACAAACAUCAUCAUCACAAUAGAGAUUAGCGGAUUUAUUAUUUAGUAUUACAAUUUGCAGCCUAAUUAU